AUGUCUAAGAAAGAAGUCACUUCAUGGCAAUCCAUAGUCGCUGGGGCUGCAGCUGGCGGCGCCGAAAGCCUUCUAACAUAUCCCACCGAAUACUUGAAAACUCGCCAACAAUUACUGAAUCCCAAUGCCCCGAAGCAGUCUCCGGUCCAGCUAUUAACCGCUACGAUCCGACAACAUGGUAUUCGCCAUCUAUACACGGGUAGCAUGGCCUUUUGCGUCUCUAAUGCAUCUAAAUCGGGAAUUCGUUUCUUCGCGUUCGAUACUGCGAAGAAAUGGAUGCCUACGGACUCUUCUGGCAAGGUGACAUCAACGGGAAACAUGUGUGCAGGUCUGGUUGCUGGAGUUGCGGAAAGCGUACUCGUUGUCACACCCGGGGAAACAUUGAAAACCAAGAUCAUUGAUGACCGAGCGGGCGCGAAGAUAUACCAGUCGGCCAGCCAUGCAGUUCGGACUAUUCUAUCGACCGAAGGCAUAUCUGGAUUGUAUCGCGGGACGCUGCCCGUCACGCUAAAGCAGUCAUCUAACGCCAUGGUGCGAUUUACCAGCUACAACUUCUUCCUUCACCAUCUCACCACGCUCGCGAGUGCGGGCGCAGGCAAUAGCGCACCAGUCUGGAGUACCGUGAUCGCCGGGGCGAUGGCUGGUGUAGUCACGGUGUAUGCUACAAUGCCAUUCGAUACCAUCAAGACACGUCUACAAGCGUUGGAUGGCUCUCAGCGAUACCGCGGAUCUGUCCAUUGUCUACAGUCAAUCGUUAGUACAGAAGGUACUUUGGCGCUAUGGAAGGGGACUACUCCUCGUCUCGCCCGUCUCAGCAUCUCGGGUGCCAUCAGCUUUGCGAUAUACGAGCGUGUGGUUCAGUGGACGGGAUCGUUCCGAGGUUAG